GUUUCAUCGUUGUCCUUGGUUUGUUUCUCUGCAACACAUAAGCCAUGGGAACUCAAGCUCCAGAUUCUUAUCUCAACAACAAUCAGCAGCCAUGUCCCUGAGCUAUUCUACUAUUGCUUGGACGGCUUCAGUUGCCAAGGGUGUUCAGCCAGAUGUGCAGUAUGGCUAUAAAGCUAGUACCACAGCUGGAACAGUGUUUAACUUCUUCGGUGCCUUGGGAGAUGUAGCCUUUGCCUAUGCAGGGCACAAUGUGGUGUUGGAGAUCCAAGCAACCAUCCCAUCUACACCUGAGAAGCCAUCAAAGGGGCCUAUGUGGAGGGGAGUCAUUUUGGCCUACAUAGUUGUGGCCCUUUGCUACUUCCCUGUAUCUUUGAUUGGGUAUUGGGUGUUUGGUAACUCUAUUGACGACAACAUCCUCAUCACACUGGAGAAACCUGCUUGGCUAAUUGCAAUGGCUAACAUGUUUGUAGUUGUUCACGUCAUUGGGAGCUAUCAGGUCUAUGCAAUGGCGGUGUUUGACAUGAUGGAGACCGUUCUUGUAAAGAAAUUGCAUUUCAAACCCAGCAUAAUGCUUCGGUUUGUUGUACGUAACAUCUAUGUUGCAUUCACAAUGUUUGUUGCCAUAACUUUCCCUUUCUUUGGUGGCCUUUUGUCAUUUUUCGGAGGAUUUGCUUUUGCCCCAACAACAUACUUUCUCCCUUGCAUAAUGUGGCUUGCUAUCUACAAACCAAGGAGGUUUAGUUUAUCUUGGUGGACUAACUGGAUCUGCAUUGUACUUGGCGUUCUCUUGAUGAUCGUAGCACCUAUAGGAGCACUGAGGCAAAUCAUCAGUAAAGCUAAGGAUUAUCAAUUCUACUCUUAAUUUGUAUCCUAAACCAGAUGGAGGUGGAGUGCCAUGCAAUACAGAAAGGAAACUGUGAAUGAGUCGUUACACGUUCCAAAAUAGUUUCAAAUUAAAUUAAAACAGAUGCCUGUAUUCAAUAUUUGGAAUUUAUAUUUUACCAUUCAUAUUGCAAAUUAAAAGCACAAUUUGGCU